AUGGUUUUAAGCCAAGCCAAGAUUGAGUUCUGCAUCGUGAAUGAUGAGUCGUUUGAGUUUUGGCAGAGAGUACAGGAACAAGCUCUAGAGAGUUACACCAUGAGGGAGGUGUUCAGUAUGGACUCUACUGUACGCAUUGACGCUAUACAGAAUCUCAGCAAAUUCCACAGUAACUCCGUCGUGGAAGCACUCCUGGAUCUUUGCAAUGACCCAGACGAGAACGUACGUGCAGUUGCUGCUCUGUCCCUUGCCCGGGUCGCAGAACCGAGCAAUAAGUACGGCAUAAAACGCAUGAUGCAUCUACUGAAGGACAAAGACAUGCUGGUCAGAGAAGGUGGUUGCCUAGCCCUGGGGCAUAUCAAGGCAUCCGAGGCUGCUUCAGAACUUGUCAACCUCUGGAGAAAUGAUGCCAUCUCUAAUGUAAGGGAAGCUGCUCAAAUUGCCCUGGAGAAGAUCGGCGGUGAAGAGGCUCAGAAGGCAAUGCAUAUCACCAAAGUGCUAAGCGAACCCAGUAUUAUCGCAUCCAAAGAGUUGAUUACUAAAAUGGCGUUCAUGAGUGCAUACUUCACAUUUCAGCCUGAGUAG